UGUGCGAUCCGUCAUCAUGAGCCGCCCCCCACUAGGCAAGGGCGGCGGCGCCCGCUCCGCCUUUGGCAGCGCCGCCACGGGCAGCUCUCUGUCGUACCUCGCCGAGCCGCCCUCGUUCGCCGCCGUCUCCGAUCCGAAUAUCGUCGUCUCCCUCAAAAACGUGCUCAAGAAGGAUAGCACCACCAAGGCGAAGGCGCUCGAUGAUCUCCUGCAGCACGUCCUGGCCCGCCCCCACGAGCAAGGAGGCGGUGUCGAGGAUGCUCUCCUCGAUGUCUGGACUCAAAUCUAUCCGCGCAUCUCCAUCGACAACUCCCGACGAGUCCGCGAACUUUCGCACACCUUGCAACUCGAGCUCCUCAAGUCGGCCCGGAAGCGCAUGGAACGCCAUCUACCCAAGGUUGUUGGCGCAUGGCUCUCCGGUCUUUACGACCGCGACCGCGUCGUCGCCCGUGCGGCAAACGAUGGCCUCUCUUCUUUCCUCAACACGCCUGAAAAGGUGUCUGGCUUUUGGCACAAGUGCCGCGGCCAGAUCCUCGACUACGCGACCGAAGCAAUACAGGAGACUAAGGACACCUUGAGUGACGAACGAUCCACCACGGCCGAGGAAGCUGAAGCCAAAUAUUUUCGGGUUGUUACAGCCAGCAUCUCCCUGGUUCUUGGCUUGCUCCAGCUUCGCGACGCCGGUCUGGAGGAGCUGAGCGAAAAGUAUGACGACUACUUUAGCCACGACGUUGUUUGGGAUGCUGUCACCUUCCAAGAUCAGCAAGUCAGGAAGGCUGCUUGUCAGCUUCUCUUCAUCUGUCUCGAGCGCAAGCUCCCCUACGCCGAUUCUGCCAGGGCUCGCCGAGCCUUCGUGACAGGAGGUCUCAAGACGAGCCAGGCAGGUUCUGCGCUUGAGUACGUGCGGGCCUUGACCAAGCUUGCUCAACACAACCCUUCCAUCUGGGAAGGCAGCCCUAACGACAAGAAGUCCCCCUUUACGCGACUGCAGGCAUUCGUUGCCAAGGGCUCCCAGGGUAGUCCACCCAAAUUCUGGGAGUAUCUUGACCAACUGCUGGCACAGCUGCCUGCCAGCAUGCUCACGGUCAAGGCUGCUUCCGGUCUGCUGUCGUCUCUCAAGUCCGGGAUCACAAGUCGCGACGAGCCGCGCACCAAUACCUCGUUCUCCUGGAAAUGCUUCGUCGAUGCGACCAACCGAUGCCUGAAACCUCUGUCUGACGAUGAGCGGCUCGAGAUCGCAAAAGAGCAUCUGUUUCCACUUUUCAAAAAUUUUGUUUUUGGGGUGUCCGACAAACAGACCGCGAUCCCAAUGGGGCCCAAUGCCAUGUCUGUAAUCGUGGACAUUGAUAUUGGCCUCCUGGAUAUAUCCUCCCACUUGGCUGACGCCGUGACUGCCGAGUGGGAUCGCCUGGCAACUCAGCUCUGCACAAAUAUAUCCGGAUCGCUUCCGGAGGUUUCCAAAGACUAUCAGACAUCGCAGUCUCAGAUUGCUGAGGAAGGAAGGCGCUGGUUUGGUCUCGUCGGGCUGCUUCGUGACGAACGGCAAUACACGACCAACGUCGCUCACAUUACAGCCCCUUCCAGAAAGAUCAUCUCGCAGUGUCUCGCGAUCCUUCAAAGCAGAAACUUGAAGCCCUUUGGGGCUGCUCAGGUGCUCGAGUAUGCCUUGAGCACAGCAGCUCACCUGUUCGAAGGCGAUCUAGGUCGACGAGUCGGCGAUUUUCUUCAGUCGGCUGCUGAGGAUAGCAUGGACAAAGUGCUGCUGUCAGCAUCAUCGCAGAGUCUCUUUGCUUGUCUGCGUAUCUUUGGUAGCAUCCCAGGCCACCAGGAAUGCUACCAGAGAGUAUGGCGAGUGUGGGCUUUGGCAUCUCUUAGUCUGCCAGAUCCAGGGCAGCGAAAUUUGGCCCUUACACAUCUCGUCUCCCACCCAGAGGCCACAUCACUGGCGCAUAGCAUUUCUGGCCUCCAAGAAGCAAUUGUGGAACAGGCUCACUUGGCGGCAGAGGCGAACCCGAUUGCCCAAAGCCAUUCUCUCGCCCUUGUGCGAGCGGCCUUGGAGUGCAAGGCAGUCGGGUUGGACGCGCGCCGCAAGAUAGCAAAGGAUGGAGUGACUUUCUUAUCCACACAACCCCAGCAUCCCGAACGGGUCCUUGAGGUCUUGGAAGCGGUUGCGGCAACUGAUCAUGAUCUCUUCGCCGAGGAUGAGGCCAUCCGCACCCAACUUGUCGCCCUGCUCCUCGGGCUCACGGAGCUUUCGAGCAGCGCCGUGUCGGAAAAGACGGCCAGAUUGCGAUCAUUGGUCGAUGUACAGGCGAAAGGCUCGCUCCCCGUGGUCGAUGUUAUACAGUCCAAUUUGGAACGAGUCGGGCCGCACUCACUCGAGAUUAGCACACUCGUCUCCCAAGCUAGGGCUGCUGCAAAGAGCGGUACGCCCUGGGAGGACAUUCUUCCUAGCACAAAUGCUUGGAUGGCAGAACUCUCACCGUUCUUGGACCAGCCUCUGAAUCCUUCUCUGGCCAUCACCUGCAGCAUUGAAGGCGCCGUUGCCCUUCCACAGCCAGAUGUGGCCCUGCCAUCUUCUCAGAUUCGGGUCCAACGCGAUCGGAAGGGGCGUUGCGUGCCUGUCCGAAUGGCUCUAUACACGUGUGAGCUCUUCAGAGCAGCAACCAAAGACAUAGUUCUUCCGCGGCAAUUCCACAUCGAACUCCUCUACUUGCAAUGCCUAUCGCUUCAGCUCGCAUCGGACCAGAUGACUUUGGCGGGAGCCGAUGGAAUGUGGCAGAACCUGAAAGUCGGAGACGCCGCCAUCGAAGCCGAGGAGCUUGUCACGUCAUCCAGGGGAAUGUUGAAUGAUAUUGCUUCAGCUGCAGACCGAUGGCAUUCUUCCGAGGAUGAUAGUAUCUCCGGCGUCAUUAACGGCUUGAUCGACCUAGCGAUGAAUGAGACGACUGACCUUUCCCCCAGAGGCCUAUACAGCGCUCGAAUUUUGACCGAGCUGCUCCAAGCGCUUACAGACGCUCAUGGCCUUCCGGUGGGCAUAGAAGAGCGGUUUCUUCGCUCAGACUUGCUGAAGGCCAAGCCUGAAACGGUUCUUGGAGCCGCGGCACUGGUCAAGGGGUUUGGCGAGCACCUGAAAGCAUCAAAGGCCGUCGGCAACUUCUGCAAUCGUCUUGUCAGCGAUGUCGCAGCUGCCACUGUCACGGGCGGCGUGAGCACACACAUGACGCUCGUUCUCUUCACCCUAUACGCGCGAUUGUAUGACAUUGGCGAGCUUCCAGUGGCUAAUAACCGGAUUGUAUUCGCUGCCAAGCAAAUCACGUCCUGGGUAGACGGCCUCGACGCACUGGAUCCUAAUCUCUGCGCGGAAAUGUGUCGUGCACUUACCUGGCUGCUUCCUUGCAUGAAGGAAGUGUACGGCUCAUAUUGGGAGAAGGCACUACACCUCUGCACUGGGUUAUGGGAGCGUGCUGGGCAGCUUGUGUUACACCAAGCCCUCCCGUUCAUUUACUCGUCGCUCAAGCUAUACAAGGCGCUCGAGGGCAUCCAGGAAUCAAAUGACGACCUUCAAGAGGCCUUGAAGGAUUUCUCGACCACCAAAUCCAGAGGGCUAGUGGAACUCUUGAAGCUUCCUCGUGAUUCUACUUCACAGCCACUGGAGAUCGUGGACGCCAUCCUGUGCCGGGAGCUGGAGAAGAUGCCCGUAUCGCGGAUACCGGAUCCAGUGAGCUUGUUCCCUCUGGUUGCCUCUGACUCGCGCGACAUUCAGACUGCCGCUUUCAACAUGCUUCACAAGAAAAUACCCGAACGGCAGGAACAAGAAGCGGUUGAAACUCUGCUCGAUAAGAAAGAUGCCCGACUUCCGGAUGAGCUUCUCUCGCUCUUGUUGGACCCACCGACGCUCGACAAGUACUCGGAUGAGGCGCUGGCCGAGUUUCCUAGCAGCAUCCGCUGCUAUCUUCUCACAUGGAAGCUUCUUUUCGAUGCGUUUUCGGGCGCGGCUUUCAAGUUACGAAAUGACUACACAGAACACCUGAAGACGGGUGACUACGUGAACUCGUUUCUGGAGUUCUUGUUUGAUGUGCUUGGACACUCGGCAGCGCAUCCCUUGAAUCUCGACAAGGAAUGUCUUGGGCCGAACGAAAUUUGCGACUAUGACAUCAAACUGGCCGAGACAGAACCGGCUGAGAAGAGCUUGCACUGGCUGCUGGUGCACCUGUAUUACCUGACAUUGAAGUAUAUUCCCGGACUGUUCCGAACUUGGUACAUUGACUGUCGAUCGAAGCAGACCAAGAUCACGGUCGAGUCAUGGACGACGAAGUACUUCUCGUCGCUCAUCAUUGCCGACACACUCGACGGUGUGCAAGCUUGGGCAGACACGCAGGAACCGCCGGCGGGAGACGAACAAGAGCUCCUGGUCAAGGUCUCGAAGCCGGCCAAGGAGGUCACAGCAGCCUACGACGUGGAUGAGUCGCAAGCUUCCAUCGCGAUCAAGUUGCCCCCAAGCUACCCCAUAGAGGGGGUGACGGUCUCUGGCCUGCACCGCGUGGCGGUGACGGAGCGCAGGUGGCAGAGCUGGAUCAUGACGACGCAAGGAGUGAUCACCUUUUCCAAUGGCAGCAUAAUCGAUGGGCUGCAGGUGUUCAAGCGCAACAUGAUAGGGGCGCUCAAGGGUCAGAGCGAGUGCGCCAUUUGCUACAGCAUCAUCUCGACCGACAAACGCACGCCGGACAAGCGUUGCACCACCUGCAAGAACCUCUUCCACCGCACCUGUCUGUACAAGUGGUUCCAGACCAGCAACCAGAACACAUGUCCUUUGUGCAGGAAUCCGAUCGACUAUCUCGGGGCGGACACGGCGAAACGGAGACAGGACCCUCGAUACGGACUCUGAGGAAGCUGGUCGUCAUUGUCGUAUUGGGUCGUUGGGUUGGACAGGGGGAGUAUUUAGACGAUUGCAUCAUGGGCGUCCACAUACGGCGGGAUAGUCUAAGAGGACAAAAUCAGGGUUGUGGGCCGUACUACAUUGGGUUGUUUCCUAGUAAGCAGGGCAGCCAUUUUGCUCUUAAGAAUAUCGGUUAUCGCUGUGCCUCAGGAUCAGGAUGAGUAAACAAAGGCAAUGCGAGGCACUACGCACUCUGGUAAGCGAGUCAUCUUGACCUGAUUUGAAGAGUUGGAAGGACGUACCUGGACUGCUGUCACCCGCUUUUUGUCGAACCUGAGCAGAUCCGCCACGACAGCUCCUAUCUCGUGGUCCAGGUUCGGCAGGAUGUCGCUCCACGGGCGUUGCGGGAACACUGUCCAUAACUCAAAUGGAGAUACUUUAAAACUUUGCGCCU